AUGUCAGGAGCACAGGGAGCUCAGCCGCCGGAGUCAUUCACGGCGACGACAUACAAGUCAGUUGAAGGAGGAGAGAACAAAAGCAGGACUGACAUACGUGCCCGGGAGGACCAGGGAAGCGUUCAGAUUGAUAAGCUCCAGGACAAGGUGAAGGACCCUGUUGGAGAAGGCGGUCCGGUCUUCGGUGCGGGUAAAGAUCUCCAUAAAGACGACCUGGGUGUCACCGGCACCGGCGAAUAGCCAGCAGCUAGAGACGACGAUGUGUACAAGCACUUGCUUCUCCUUAAUAGAUGAUCUAGUCAGUAGUGUUUGUGUUGAAAAAUCAAUAA